AAGCUACUGGCCGUAGAGACAGUGACAUCGUGACAGCACUCGUGUCUUCACGAACAAGACAGAGGCAGAUCUAGAAUCUAGCAGAAUCAGUCGGAAGCAGCCAGUUAAAAUUUCGUGGCACCACCUGUUUUCUGCUUAAAGUGUUCACGGAAAACUAAAGAGAAACCAGAGUGUACAUGGUACAGUUCCUUCAGAAUGGUGUGCAGUAUUAUACCUUACACAGGCGCUAGGACGGGUGAAGGAUAAUAGGCCUACAUAUAUUUAUAAACAUUUCUUUAGGCAAGAGGGACAGAGAAAAAGUUUUGAUCUCAAGAUUUCAAAAAGAGUGAUUUCACCGGGAACUAUAACACCCCCCCCCUCCCUCCAACCACCCACCCACUCACCACGCCCCGUGGCUCCUCCUACUCCUGUGUUUGGAACCGGGCUCGGCGUGGCGUGAAAAUCCUGUGUUACCUUCUCCCCCUGCUGGCGCCCUCUGGUGCACCGUGCCACACCGAGUCAUGGCCAGCAAGUGCGUGGUUCCAUUCUGCUGGAUUUUACUCUUCUGCUUCAGCAGCUUCUCCACGUCCCACUACACCCGUGAUGUCACUGGAUCCCCGUUCACUCAAAAUGUUCCUGCACAGGCCAUCAGGUCGUGCGGAGCUAGGGGAUGUUGUGCCGGGAGUCUCCAUCAUCAAGCCUCUCAUGGGUGUGGACCCUCUCCUGGAGUACAACUUGGAGAGUCAUUUCAAACUCACCUAUCCAAAGUUUGAGUUGCUGUUUUGCUUUCAUGAUGAUCAAGAUCUGGCUAUCCCAGUGGUGUACAAGCUGCAUGAGCAAUACCCUCAUGUGGAUGUCAAAUUAUUCAUAGGAGGCAACAGAACUAUUGUCAACCCCAUGGUACAGAAUAUGGCACCAGCUUAUGACGGAGCUCAGUAUGAAUAUGUCUGGAUCAGUUCCAGUCGAGUUGAAGCAUCUGAUGAAAUCAUCUAUGAUCUGGCCAGCAAAUUGCAAAAGUCAAAUGUGUCUCUGGUACAUCAGAUACCUUUUACAACAGACAGUCCAGGAUUUGGAUCAUUUGUAGAAAAGGUUUACUUUGGUGCUGCCAUGACCCGAUUCUAUGUCUCCUUCAACGUGCUGGGCCUUUGCUGUGUCACAGGAAUGUCGUACAUGUUCAAAAAACCCCUGCUGGAUCAAGCCAAUGGCUUGGCUUGGUAUGGACGUUAUUUGGCGGAGGAUUUCUUUUUGACCAGAGCCCUUCAUGAAAGGGGCCAUAUGGUGAUGUCUGCUAUACCUGCCAAGCAAAAUGUUGGUCAGGUUACAGUGUGUGGCUUUGUAGGCCGCAUGGUCAGAUGGGUGAGGCUGAGACUUAACAUGAUGCCAGCGGUUACUGGAAUUCUGGAACCCUUGUCCGACUGUUUUCCUCUGGGUGUGUGGACAGGCUGGUCUUUGUAUUACUUCUUCUCUAUCAACCCUGUACUAUUUUUCUGUGGACAUGUGGUCAGCUGGCUCAUUUUGGACUACAUACAGCUAAAGACCAUGCAGAAUGGACCUCUGCCAUUUUCAAAGCUACAGUAUGUUUUAGCGUGGAUAGUUCGUGAGCUGACAGGGACUUAUGUGUACAUUUUAGCAGUCAUCAACCCGCAUUAUAUUAAGUGGGGUAGACGAACGUACAGAGUGAAGACUGGUGGCCUUGCUGACAUAGUGAAAGAGACUGAGCCCAAAAAAAGCUUACAGCACUUGUGACCCUGCCCAUCAGCUGAAGCAGUCUUUGCUUUUACCUUUCUAAGAGUCAAAGUGGUGGUAUGUGUGUGUGCGCUAUUCAGUUAAAAAAGGAUGAAUGGUGAAAACUGUACUCAAA